AUGCCCUCCGUAAGACCUCUCAUUACCACCCUGAACGCAUCUAAGCGAUAUGGAUUUGUGAAACCAUCCGGAGAGGUGGACUAUCUCGUCGUUGGUGGUGGAGUGAUCGGGCUUGCUGUGGCUCAGCGCUUAGUAUCGAAAUGGAAUAACAGGACUACAGUUCUAGUAGAGCGACACUCGAUGGUCGGGCAGGAAACGAGUUCGAGGAAUAGUGAAGUGAUUCACGCUGGUCUCUACUACCCAGAAACGUCCCUGAAGACGCGUCUAUGCUGUCGUGGACGGCAUCUUCUCUAUCAACGAUGCGAGUCCCACAACAUACCCUACAAGAAGGUCGGCAAGCUCGUAGUAGGCACCUCCACCCAAACUGCCUACCUCAAGCAACUGCACGCUCACUGCGUCUCUCUCGAGACCAAGUACAACCUCCCUCACGCUCCCCCGACAGAGGUCAUAUCGGGAGCUCAAGCACGAGAGAUGGAGCCCGACCUGUCCCCUGAUAUUGAAGCUGCGGUCUGGAACCCCGAGACAGGCAUAGUCGAUUCCCACACAUACAUGAGUGGACUAGAAAGGGAAGUGGCAGAGUCCGAUUCGGGGGAUAUCGUCCUCAGUACCAAGGUAGUGCGGGUUGAUGUCGUACCGGAAGAGGAAGGGUGGGUGGUGCAGCUGCACACGGAAGGAGAGGAGCCUAGUGCGAUCUUAGCCAAGACGCUGAUCAACGCGACCGGCCUAUCAAGCGCGCUGAUCCUGAACUCGUGGCUCGCCUCUCUCCCAACUCCUGCACCGCUUGUACCCCUGUGGUUCGCAAAGGGCUCAUACCUCCGUUAUUCGGGAGAAGGUGUCAAGAAAGUCCAACGGCUUCUUUACCCUGCCCCGGACUUGGGAGGGAAGAGUCACGGACAUGCGGGCCUCGGAGUGCAUCUUACGAUGGAUAUGGACGGCGGGGUGAAGUUCGGCCCUGACGUAGAAUGGAUCUCCCCUCCAGAAGGAGCCCCAGAUUUGGAAGGCGCGGACUUUUGGUACCAGUAUCUCGAGCCGAGCGAGGCCAGGAAGGACGAGAUGUACGCUGCGAUCCAGAGUUAUCUUCCCGGAGUGCGGAAGGAAGGGCUCAGAGGAGAUUACGUGGGUGUUAGGCCGAAGCUUGUCGGGCCUGGAGCUGGGUUUAUGGAUUUUGUGGUGCGGAGUGAUUGGAGCAGAGGAGGGGACGGAGUGGGCGUCUUACACAAGGGGGGGAGCAAGGAGGAUGCGGGACGAGGGAAGUCUGGGAGGAUGAUCAGCCUCAUGGGUAUCGAGAGUCCGGGGUUGACAAGUAGUCUCGGGUUGGCAGAAAUGGUCGUAGAAGACGUCUUGGGUGAGGAAGGGCGGUAA